CUGCAGCAGGUGGGCAACGUGCGGAGGUGAACAAGUCAUGUGUGCGACAUGAUGACUUUAUUUCAUAGGCGCGGCGGCUGUUCUCUGGACUAUGCUCGAGCCUGCUCGUGCAAAUUGGAGUGACUGUUUACCGCAGCAGCGAAGAUUAUGGAUUCCCUUUUUGCGUUUUUAAAUCGGAUUUUAUGUAUUGGGGAAUAGAUUAGAUAUCUAUUCGGAGUAAUUGCCUUUCAUUUUAUUUUGGAGAUUGGACAACACAGGCUGACAAACCUUUGACACUAGGCUCAAACUUUAGGACUUCGUUUUAGAAUGGCUUUCGCCAAAUUUAGCAAAAUCUUGCGCCUGUCGUCUCUCGACGUCAAAAAGAAGGUAAAGCAGUAUGCCCAUAUUCGCCGGGAUGUUAACCCAAAUGACAUUUGGGAAAUUAUCGGAGAACUUGGGGACGGGGCGUUUGGCAAAGUGUACAAGGCCAAAAACAAGGAGACGGGGAUACUGGCCGCUGCCAAAGUGAUCGAGACCAAAUGCGAUGAGGAGCUUGAGGACUAUGUGGUGGAGAUCGACAUCUUGGCCUCCUGUGACCACCACUACAUCGUCAAGCUGCUUGACGCCUUCUACCAUGAUACCAAACUCUGGAUCAUGAUCGAGUUUUGUGCUGGGGGAGCUGUUGACGCCACCAUGUUGGAGCUGGACCGUGGUCUCCUGGAGCCCCAGAUCAAGGUGAUCUGCAGGCAGAUGCUGGAGGGCCUGGUCUACCUGCACAGCAAGAAGAUCAUCCACCGGGACCUGAAGGCCGGCAACGUACUCCUCACCCUUGACGGAGACAUCAGGCUAGCGGACUUUGGUGUCUCGGCGAAGAACACCAAGACUCUGCAGAGGAGGGACUCCUUCAUCGGAACCCCCUAUUGGAUGGCUCCGGAGGUGGUGAUGUGCGAGACGAUGAAGGACGCCCCGUACGACUACAAGGCGGACAUCUGGUCUCUGGGCAUCACGCUGAUCGAGCUGGCGCAGAUCGAGCCGCCGCACCACGAGCUCAACCCCAUGAGGGUGCUGCUCAAGAUCGCCAAGUCCGAGCCGCCCAGCCUCGAACAACCCAGCAAGUGGUCGCGGGACUUUAAGGAUUUCCUGAAGAAAUCUCUGGAUAAGAACCCUGAGAUGCGGCCAAGCGCGUCCCAGCUCCUCGAGCACCCGUUUGUCAAAGAGGUGAAGAGCAACAGGCCUCUGCGGGAGCUGGUGGCCGAGGCGAAGGCCGAAGUCAUGGAGGAAAUCGAGGACAAUAGAGAGGAAGGAGAGGACGACGAACCCGCUGAGCUCCCCACGCCGCCAGGCAAGGACCCGUCCCAAACCAGUCAGACCAGUUUGGAGGGCGACCACCCGCUGGAACCCGUGGCAACUCCCACUCCUACUCCCACCCAGGAGCAGCCUCAGGUGGACACGCCACACAAGACCCCCUCAGAGGCCGGGGAGGGGGAGGAAGAGGAGGAGGAUGACGAGGCCAAGAGGGCCGUGAAUGCCGACGCUCGCCUGCCGGGUGACGAGGGGAUCCCUGUGGUGGUGGGUCCAGCCGGCGACGAGGUGGAGGUCCCGGAGAAGCCUGCCAGCGAGAUCUCGGGCAAGACCUCGGGCAGCUCGGACUCGGGCAUCGAAGACGGCAAGAGCACGCCCACGUCAGAGGAAGAGGGCAAGCCCGUAGACUCGCCAGAACUGGACUCCCCAGAGGUCGAACCCGAAGCAGAACCCAAGGCGGAGGAGGAGACGCAAAAGCCCGUCCCCAAGCCUCGAGCACCUGUUGUGGUCGUGCAGAGGGACGUCUGGGCCGACGACCCGGCCGUGGACGGUGGCACUCCGGAAUCGCCAUCCCCGCCUGACAUCACCAUCCCGGAGAAGGUGCCGGCUUCCGAGCCGCUGCCGCCGACCGCCAACGGCAGCGCUGUGAAGGAGGUGCUUGAGGAAACCUCCUUCUCCGAUAAGCCGAUCAGCGUACCUUUGGAGGAAACCUCCUUCUCUGAUAGGCCGUCGUCGUCCAUGGGUGGCGAGGACACGGAGAGCCUGAUGAUGCAGCCCAACGGGCGGCUGUCCAAGCGCUACUCGGACGCCAGCAGUGUGGACCUCAGCCUCAACCUGUCUGGAGACGUGUCCAUGAGCAUGAGCAAGGACAUGAGCUCCGGCUCCGGCAGGCAGUCCCGUUUCUCCAGUCGGACGCUGAAGAGAACGCGGCGCUUCGUGGUGGACGGGGUGGAGGUCAGUGUCACCACCUCCAAGAUCAUCGGCGAGGACGAGAAGAAGGACGAGGAGAUGAGAUUCCUCAGGCGUCAGGAGCUGCGUGAGCUGCGCAUGCUGCAGAAGGAGGAGCACCGUGCGCAGGGGGCCCUGAAUGACAAGCUGGAGGUGCAGAGGGAGCAGAUGCAGCGCCGCUUUGACCAGGAGAUGCACGCGAAGAAAAAGUACUACGACACGGAGCUGGAGAACCUGGAGAAGCAUCAGAAGCAGACCAUCGAGAAGAUGGAGGGGGACCACGCCAUACGCCUCCGCGACGAGAACAAACGCAUGCGCGCCGAGCAGGACCGAGCAUACCACAAGUUUCAGGACCAGAUGAAGCAGAGGAAGAAGGAGGUCAAAAGCGAAGUUGAGAAGAUGCCAAGAAACCAAAGAAAAGAGAGCAUGAAACAACGGAUGUCUAUCUACAACCAGAACAAGCAGACAGAGGAGGAGAAGUUCUUGGCCAAUCAGAAGAUAGAGCUGGACACGACGGUGCAGCGAAUCAUUGCAGAGAACAAAACCGAAAUCGCUAACACAGAACGCGAGUGUCUACAGAAAAAGCAGCAUCUGAUACGAGAGCGAGAGGCCACCAUCUGGGACAUGGAGGAGAAGAACCUUCAUGAGAAACACCAGCUCCUGAAGCAGCAGCUCAAGGACCAGUACUUCCUGCAGAGACAUCAACUCCUCAAGAAGCACGAAAAGGAGCAAGAGCAGAUGCAGUGCUACAACCAGCGUAUGGUGGAGAUCCUGAAGGGCCGUCAGCAGCAGGAGAAGGGGCGGCUGCCCAAGAUCCAGCGCAGCGAGGGCAAGACCCGCAUGGCCAUGUUCAAGAAGAGCCUCCGCAUCAACUCCUCAGGCAGCGCCGCCGAGGACCGCGAGAAGAUCAAACAGUUUGGCAGGCAGGAGGAGAAGCGUCAGAAGGCUGAGCGUUUGCACCAGCAGCAUAAGCACGAGAACCAGAUGAGGGAGAUGCUGGGACAGUGCGAAGCCAACGUCCGCGAGCUGCAGCAGCUACAGAAUGAGAAGUGCCACCUGCUGAUCGAGAAUGAGUCUCAGAGGCUGAAGUACCUGGACGAGCAGCACAAUCACCAGCUCAAGGAGUGGAGAGAACAGCUCAAACCCAGGAAAAAGGCCCUUGAGGAGGAGCUUACCCAUAAGAAGCGUGAGCAGGAGAUGUUCUUCAAGAUGACCGAAGAGGUGCACUACACCAACGCCGGCUCCCCCAACAAAUUCACCAAGUUCGUUCCCUACUCCGAGUCUUCCACCACGUAAAAGGAACAACAACAGACACUACUGUAGUGUGUCUGUCGUGUGGUGAGAGAAACUGGCAAAGAAAAAACAUAACCCCCUAUAAGCUGGAACC